AGCGGUCACAUCCCAAUCACAGGUGUUCAAUAAAAAGUUGGUGAUAGAAAGAAAUAGAAACGCAAUUCAACAAGUCAUCAAACAUGUCGAGCGGUGAUGAAAAAACCUUUACGCGUGCGGAAGUCGCCAAACACAACACCAACAAGGACACAUGGCUGCUCAUCCACAACAGCGUUUACGAUGUCACCGCAUUUCUGAACGAGCAUCCCGGCGGUGAGGAAGUGCUCAUCGAGCAGGCCGGCAAAGAUGCCACCGAGAACUUUGAGGACGUGGGCCACAGUAACGAUGCCCGCGAAAUGAUGAAGAAGUACAAAAUCGGUGAGCUUGUGGCCAGCGAACGCACCAAUGUUGCACAGAAAUCGGAACCCACAUGGAGCACAGACACGCAGGCCGAGGAGAGUUCGGUGAAAUCGUGGAUAGUGCCUCUGGUGCUCUGCCUGGUUGCUACGCUUUUCUACAAGUUCUUCUUUGGCGGCGCUAAGCAACAGUAAAUGCCAAAUGAUGCAGCUGCAGCUCUAGCUUCCCUCAUCCCGAUGAUUACCUCUCUUUUUUCUGACUGCCACACACAACAACAACAACAACACACAAACAUACACAACACACAAAUAUAUGAUGUAGUCGCAUUCCAAUGCCAUGCCUUUAAAAAAAGAAUCCAAAAAUUGUUCGUUGUGUGUUGCAUGCAUGCUGCUUGCAGGAGGUAAUUUGUGGAGACACCAUCUAUGCGGUGGCUGUUGCAGCUAGAUGCUGAGAUUUUGAGUAGAAAGAAUUUGUGCUAAGUUUUAAAGAUAUAAAUGAGAAAGAGAAAAACUAAGGAAAGAAUGAAGACAUAAUGAAUUAUUGUGAAUGUUUUGGCAUCUUGUUUCUUAUUAUUUUUGUACUAAUCGCUUUAGUGAGUGGGAUUGAGUUUUCUUACACUAGAUAAUCUGUUUUUGUAACUUUCCAAAAUGCAACACACAAAAAUUUUACACAUAUAUUUAAAUAUACAAAUAAAUAUAAACGUAUUCAAAA